GAUCUAAUGAGAUGGUGCAAGUUAGCAGUAUGAAAAUUAAGUUUUUAUUUUUAUUUUUUAUUAUUUCCUUUUGUUAAUGAUUUAAAAUGGUUGAGCAGUAUUUGACUUUAAGCUUUUAUUUGAUGUCUUAAUUUCAGAAGUAUAGCCACCACAUUGAAAAGUCUUCAUCGCUUUAAGACAUUAUUGAUGGUGAGAAGAUUCCGUAUGUGACUUAUGUGACUCUGGGAAACUGCACAUCAUUCCUUGAGUCUGGCUGUUAUAUCAAAUAUUAUUUGCUCCCAUUAUUGUUAUCUUGAAUGCUCGAUGCAAAGCUGUGCUGCCAGUUUCGGUUUUGUAUGCCAGCACUAGAAGUUUCCCACCAUCAGGCAACAAGUUUUCAGAAUCAGAGAUGUUAUACUUUAAUACAAAGAUCCGACUUUAUAUAUCACAUCCUUUCUCCAUUAACUGGUGUUAAUCUCUCUCUCUCUCUCUCUCUAUACACCUGUGCACACAUUAUUGUUUGCUCAUUCUGCAACUUCUGUAUCUUAUCUCUUCUCCUCAUUCUCUAUGGAGAGAAGCAAAGAGAAGGAGAAUACCCACACAAAGAUCUUAUUAACCUCACUGUCCGCUAUGGUUGCUGAGACGACUACCUUCCCCAUAGAUAUCACAAAGACGAGGCUCCAGCUUCAUGGUGCAUCACUCUCUUCAACUAGCCCGACUAAUGCAUUCCAAGUGGCAUUUGAGACCGUUCAGCGUGAAGGCACUCUAGGUCUUUAUAAGGGCCUCUCCCCUGCAAUCCUCCGACAUCUCUUCUAUACACCACUCCGAAUUGUUGGGUAUGAACACUUAAGAGAGGCCUUUCCAAUUGUUUCUUUUUCCCUCAUUGGCAAGGCUUUCAUUGGAGGGCUUUCUGGCAUGAUUGCUCAGGUUGUGGCUAGCCCCGCUGACCUUGUAAAGGUCAGAAUGCAAGCAGAUGGUCUGCUGGUGAGCCAGGGUCUGCAACCAAGGUAUACUGGUCCAUUUGAUGCCAUAAACAAGAUUGUGCACACAGAAGGUAUUUGGGGGCUUUGGAGAGGGGUUCUUCCAAAUGUGCAGAGAGCUUUCUUAGUCAACAUGGGAGAGUUAGCUUGCUAUGAUCAUGCAAAGCGUUUUAUAAUCCAGAAUCAGAUUUGCGAGGACGGUGUUUAUGCUCACACCUUUGCUUCUAUCAUGUCAGGUCUUUCAGCUACCACUUUAAGCUGUCCUGCAGAUGUUGUGAAGACAAGAAUGAUGAACCAAGCUUCAAGUAAGGAAGCUAAGGUCAUGUAUAAGAGCUCUUAUGAUUGUUUGGUGAAGACCCUGAGAAUUGAAGGUUUACGUGCGCUGUGGAAAGGGUUCUUUCCCACAUGGGCAAGGCUUGGUCCUUGGCAGUUUGUAUUUUGGGUUUCUUAUGAGAAGUUCAGGUACAUAGCGGGGCUUUCUUCUUUUUGAUAGAGUUUCUUUCUAUACGUCUGCUAGAAGUUAAAUAUCAUUCAAAUUGCCUUUGCUGAUUUACUAAUAAAAAUUCUCUCCCUCUGUGCUCCUAU